AUUCAGUUUAGGGCACAGGCCUGGCAUCCUCAAACUCACUGGCCAUUCAGAUAGGCGGGACACAAGCCUGCACUGGCACACCCACCCACUUGGGCCCCUCAGUGGCAGGGGUCUGGUGACAGGGAUACUAUCGGUAGUGCAGAAGAACAAAGCUGAGAUCUGUGGAUGACUUCACAUGAGAUGGCAGUGCCAAUCCCCGAAUGCUCCCCUCCGCUGGCAUCAAGCUGAAACAUCUACCCAUGCCCAUGGUGAUCAGUGAUGGGGCACAAGCGCAAGGCUUUUUUACAUUUUCAUUUCAUUUUCAUUACAUGCCUGGCACAGUGUGGUGAACUCAGAGAGUGGCACUUAUAUGCCCUUUUCAAUGAAUUAUGCAUGUGUGCCCAGGCAGGAUGGCAUUUGGCUUUAAGAUGGACACACGCAGGUGAGGAAUCCUGGGCAAAGACUUGUGGAUGUGGGGGAGGGGUGACGAGGCAUGAUGCCCACCGCUGACCCUGCUUGCCCCUGCCUCUCGCGCUCUUCCUGCCCAUAAGCUUGUGUUUUAAUUCCUUCUGCCAUGUGCCUUCGCUCCUACCCGCCGCUUGCUCUGGUGAUUUUAUUUGGCGAGGCAGUUUUAUUAUGGUGCCCAAGGCGCUCUCCGUGUCGGUGCCCGUUGUGUCUGCCCAGCCGUUCCUGUGCUGCCGCUGCUGCUUUGCAUUAAUCUCACUUGGCCGUCCACUCCUGCCGUCUGUCCUGUCGUGCUUCAUGCCCUGCUAGUCUCCUCCUUGCCCUGCACUCACAAGGACGAUGUGUGGAGAUACCCAGUUUCAUAGGUGGCAGGCUGAAGCUGGCACAGGGUGCGGGGCACAUGACCUCAUCUGGCCCAGUCACCAAUGCAGAUGGACAGUGCUCUCCUCUGAAGCUUAGUCACCGCUAAGGAGCACGAAGGACCACGCGGUCGCAGCACGCCCAUGUCACCCUCGGACUUCCUGGACAAGCUGAUGGGGAAGACGUCGGGAUACGAUGCCAGGAUCAGGCCCAACUUCAAGGGUCCUCCUGUGAACGUCACCUGCAACAUCUUCAUCAACAGCUUUGGGUCCAUCGCCGAGACGACCAUGGAUUACCGAGUGAACAUCUUCUUACGGCAGCAGUGGAAUGACCCUCGCCUGGCAUACAGCGAAUACCCCGACGACUCCCUCGAUCUCGACCCCUCAAUGCUGGAUUCCAUAUGGAAACCCGACUUGUUUUUCGCAAAUGAGAAGGGGGCUCACUUUCAUGAAGUUACCACGGACAACAAGCUGCUACGCAUUUUCAAAAAUGGGAACGUCCUUUACUCCAUUAGGUUGACGUUAACCCUUUCCUGCCCUAUGGACCUCAAAAACUUUCCAAUGGACGUGCAGACGUGCAUCAUGCAGCUGGAGAGCUUUGGAUACACGAUGAACGACUUGAUCUUUGAGUGGCAAGAAAAUGGCCCGGUGCAGGUGGCAGAAGGCCUGACGCUACCACAGUUCAUCCUGAAGGAGGAGUCGGACCUGCGCUACUGCACAAAGCAUUACAACACAGGAAAGUUCACCUGCAUUGAAGUCCGCUUUCAUCUCGAGCGACAGAUGGGCUACUACCUCAUCCAGAUGUACAUCCCCAGUCUGCUCAUCGUCAUCCUCUCCUGGGUCUCCUUCUGGAUCAACAUGGACGCCGCCCCAGCUAGAGUGGCUCUGGGGAUCACCACCGUGCUGACCAUGACCACGCAGAGCUCGGGCUCCCGCACCUCACUGCCAAAGGUCUCCUACGUUAAAGCCAUCGACAUCUGGAUGGCCGUCUGCCUGCUCUUCGUCUUCUCGGCGCUCUUGGAGUACGCGGCGGUGAACUUCGUCUCCAGGCAGCACAAGGAGCUCUUGAGAUUUCGCCGAAAGCGGAAGAAGAGCAAGGAGGAAGACGUCAGGGACAGCCGGCAGAGUUUCACUGCCUAUGGAGUUGCGCCCUGUGCCCAAGACAAAGAUGGCGUUGUCCCCAAAGCAGCCAGCAACUCGCCCCAGAGCGCUCCCAAAACUCCCGAGGAAAUGAAGAAGAUAUUCAUCGACAGGGCCAAGAAGAUCGACACCAUUUCUCGCGCUGGCUUCCCGUUAGCAUUCCUCUUCUUUAACAUCUUCUACUGGGUUGUGUACAAAAUCCUGCGGCACGAAGAUAUACACCAGCAAUGACCCGUCCGCCGGCCUCGGGAUGAGGGACACGGAAAAGGGACACACAGGAGGACUUCCAAGUAACUAUGCAAAUGGCGACCAAAAUCCGUUAGCACAGCUUUACUGCCAGUCUCUGGUCGAUCGUACCAGGGCACCUGCCACAGGGCACCUGCCACAGGGCUCCUGCCACUGCACACCUCCGUGCCACAGUCGUUUGAACGCCAAAGGCAACUUGUUUUCUCUCACGGACCCGACACUUCAAGUACAGGCUGCCCUGCAGACAGACGGUGAUUUCUUUUUUUGGGACGAACAUUUUGAGCCACACCAGUGUGGGGGUUCCGUUACGACCCCCGCCCUCCCAAACUUGUCAUGUAAAGUUCGUCAGGCCACUCGUCCUCUCCUCGCGGUGUUUCAAAUCGUGCGCGCGGAUUAUCUGGCGGGAUGAUUUAAUGCGCCUGCGCGCUCUGCACGGCUGCGCAGAUGGGCUGCACGCGCGCUGAUUGGAAGGAGAAGCGCGGAGCCAGCAGGACGUUGUAAGUCAGCGUUCGUGGCUGCAGUGCUGCGCAGUGCUGCGCAGCGUCUUCGUUCUUGCUGGCGUUGCCUUUCUGGUGUGAUGGACGGGGAAGCCUGACCUUUAAAAACCAAAUCCUGUAUAUUCUUGACCACCGAUGGCGAGUCUUUGCCCUUUUUUGUUGCUGUUUUAAGAGCAUUGUGUUAAGUGGCUGCCCAUCCUAACAUCGAGAUUCUAGAGUGGCACACGUGCUGUGACACUCGAGCGAUGUCAGGGGGGCAUCCCGUGCAUCAAAAGCGCUCCGUUACUUCAGUUUGUGACCUGUCAGCACAAAUAGCCGGUGGGAGGUGGCGUGAAGGGGGACCGCUUCUUUGAGACGUUGGUGACCCACGCUAAACCAGUAAAGGCAGGCUGGCAGCCUCUUCCUCUCCCUGCUUGAUGAGUUCACCUCGAGUUUGGUGAAUUUCAUAGAACUUGUGAAGGAGAAGUGGACAAUGAUGGCCAAGUGGCUGUCCAGGGGUCUCCAAAGUCUGCCAGCUGUGACCAGAACUGUGAGCCCGCAGCUGAAAUGCGACCUGGAAACCCAGAACUCCAGGGGUCAUCGGGUGGUCACUCACCAUGCUGUCCCAUAGAUGGUCCCAUAGCUUCUGCCAGCCUGCCAUGAGGAGAGGUGGUAGGUCUGGUAGACCUCAUCCAGCUUCCUGGUGAGGACACAACUGAGUGACAUUGACGGUGGCCUCACAAAGCAUCGUGGGCUUCUGGGAAAGAAAAGUUCAGCAAAGCUGACCAAACGGAAUGCCCCC